AUGGUCAAGAUUGAUUUACAAAAAUCCUAUGAUUUAGUUGAGUGGUCUUACUUAGAACAAGUCCUGGAAACCUUAGGAUUCCCCUAUCGGUUCAUAGCCUGGUUGAUGGAGUGUGUGAAAUCAGUCAAUAACACCGUUUUAAUCAAUGGAGAACCUUCCCCUCCAUUUGAUGCUAAAAUAGGGUUGAGGCAAGGAGAUCCCCUAUCCCCAUUUUUGUUUGCCAUUGCCAUGGAGUAUCUAAGUAGAUUGUUAGGUGGUUUGAAAGGAGAGACAGGGUUCAAACAUCAUCCCAGGUGCAGCAAGCUUAAUAUUACCCAUAUGUGCUUUGCAGAUGACAUGCUAUUUUUUGCUAGAGGAGAUCAGUCAUCUGUUUCAGCAUUACACAACUAUUUUAACAAAUUUUUUGCAGCUUCUGGCCUUACUGCUUGUUGA